ACAGAAAAAAAGAUUAUUUUCCUAAUAGCAAAUGUCGAAAGUGGAAACCCUCUCAGAGUUCACUUUCUUCUUCGUGUUGGUGUUGGGAAGGGCUUCCAUUUGAUUUAGCGCUCAUCUGGGUUAAUCUCUUCUAUCUUCUCACAGUCUCUCGUUGUUUGUAUUUUCUAUUACUUUUCCUAAUUUCAAGGGAAAAAGCCUGCCUUUCUUCUUUCGACUCGUAUGUCUUCACUGGUGUAGUGAGGGAAAUGGCGGAUCAGAUAUAUGCAGUCUCACCAGUAGCUCCCUUUGAUUACGAGCUUUAUGAAGGAGAUCCCGAUCAAUUAAGAACUGUUGAUGCUACACCUGCCCAGCCGAAUUCAUAUAUUGAUCCUGCAUCAUUGAAAUUUAAAUAUAGGAUUGGCCACGGGCUCUUUGGCGCUGUUUGGGUAGCGACACAUCAUCAAUCAGCCUCGGAUUAUGAUGAGUAUCAUGAAGUUGCAGUUAAGAUGUUAGAUCCUAUAAAGAAGGAUCAUGUGCAUAAGUUUCUUCAUAAAUUUGAGAAACUAUGGGUAAAUUUGAAGUCCCGACAAUUGCAAGGUGUUUGUUGGUUGCAUGGUAUCUCCGUUGUAUCCGACCAGAUCUGCAUAGCUUUAAAAUCUUAUGAGGGGUCAAUAGGUGAUCGAAUGGGGCAGCUGAAAGGAGGAAAACUUCCUCUAGCUGAUGUUCUGAGGUAUGGCAUAGAAUUAGCCAGAGGAGUUCAACAACUUCACCAGAUAGGUUUCCUGGUACUAAACCUUAAGCCAACUAACUUUCUUCUUGAUGAAAAUGACCAUGUUGUCCUUGGAGACUUCGGGAUCCCAUACCUACUUCUUGGGAUUGCCUGGCGUGAUCCGCAUUUAGCAUUCAGGCCCGGAACCCCCAACUACAUGGCACCUGAACAAUGGCAGCCAGGAGUAAGAGGUCCAAUAUCCUAUGAGACUGAUUCUUGGGGGUUUGCCUGCAGCAUGAUUGAGAUGCUGACUGGCACUCCACCAUGGUUUGGCAGAUCCGUGGAAGAGAUACAUCAUUCAGUUGUAAUUCAUCAAGAAAAGCCACAGGUUCCAAGUGGUCUUCCUCCUGCAGUAGAAGAUGUUCUCAAGGGUUGUUUUGAGUAUGAUUUUCGCAACCGACCACUAAUGCCAGACAUUUUACAAGCAUUUGAAAGCUCAAGGAAGGCUGUUUAUAAUGAAGGAUCAUGGAGUGGUCCAGGAAGCAAUUUGUUUGUAGAUAAAUUGCCUCGCAGUGGAUGUAGCACAUGGUUCCUCUCAAAAGAUCCUCUUCAGGUUGGUGAUACAGUUCGAUCAAGAAAGGCUCUGAACACCUGCAAGCCUCUAAGUUUAGCUGUAACUGAAGGAGUUGUAGUUGGAAUUGAGAAGGAUAGUGAUCGGGACGGAUAUGUACUGGUGCAAAUCCCUAACAGGCACAACCAGCUCAGAGUAAAUAUUUUAGCACUAGAGAGGGUGACCUCUGGUUUUGCGUUGGGGGAUUGGGUGCGGUUGAUUAAAGAAAAUGACAAGCAUUCAUCUCUGGGAAUUUUACAUUCCAUACAGCGUGAUGGAAGUAUCACUGUUGGGUUUUUAGGGCUAGAAACUCUUUGGAGGGGGAAUUCCUCUGAGGUCAAAGUGGUGGAUCCAUUUUCGGUGGGUCAAUUCGUGAGGUUGAAGGCUAAUAUCAGGACUCCACAAUUUGAGUGGCCUCACAAAAGGGGAGGGGCUUGGGCCAGUGGGAAAGUUUCGCAAAUUCUUCCGAAUGGUUGCCUCGUAGUUAGAUUCCCAGGAAGAUUUGUUCUCAGAGACGAAUCAACAUGUUUCUUGGCUAAUCCUGAGGAAGUGGAGCGUGUGUCUUUUGAUACUUGUCCAGGUAUUGUGGAGAAGUACGAACUUGUUGAGGAUUUUCACUGGGCUGUUCGACCUCUAGCAAUUGCAUUCAGUGUAUUCACAGCCGCCAAGCUUGGGAUCUUUGUUGGAAGAAAUGUGGGUGCAAGAAUAAAUAAACGGAAAAGGACUCAGAAGCCGAAUGAUGUGCAGAAUCAAGAGGGCCAAAGCGGUGCCAAUGCAGCAUGGCUUCCACCAACAGUGGCAAAUAUCCUCUUCAAAGAAGGCACGCCAGUCUCUAAUUCUCGGUGAAAUGUCAUCACUGUAUAUAGGAUUGUUGUGCUCACAAGUGCUGGCACCCCUUUAUGCAUUAGAGAAACUAAUUAAAUUCAGUUGUAUAUAAUACUGUGAAGUGCUUGUAAUAUCUUCUGUAAUUAUCACAACAACUUUGUCCGUCUGGUGCUGUAUAUAUCUGCACCUCUUGCAAAGUUGUAAGACUUGUAAAAGUGUUUAUUUUGUAAA